AUGUUUGUUGUAAACAACAUUUCGAAAAAUGGUGGCGCCGAAAUUCUCCAGACCAUUUCUGAUUUGAAUUGCAUGGCGGAGGAGGCCUCAGCACAGAUGAAAAAGGCUAUUUUUAAUAACUUUAAGCUCUUCAUUGACGCUGGGAAGGCCGUUGCUGUACUAGCCUCUACAAUGCAUCAGCUGGAUCAUCAACUCGUCGAACAGAAACGUCUUUGUGCAGCGUUAACUGAAAAAUCGCUUUUCAGAGAUGGUACAAUGUUUUUCAAGUUCAAUAUUUCCUCUCUCUUAAACUCUGUUGAGGGUGUCUCGAAUUUAGUCAAGGACCCCACCAGACAGCUCCUAUUCGAUGCCGACGCCGUCGAACUAAACCCGACUACUUUCAUGAAACAGGGCUACGUCCACCUUUUUGUUUUGACCGACUACAUCCUCGUAGCCAAAAAGCAAUACGACUCGUACGCUGCGCGCCGUUACAAGAAGCAAGCCCUUUAUGAGAUUGAAAAUGUCGCUGUGACCAGCGUGAAACCCCGCGACGUACAAAAGGCCUCUCUUAACCUCGUCCAACUACUUGUCUUUCCAGACAGCCAUGUCUUCCAGCUGGAGUCGAUCAAAGAGAAGCGAGCUCUUAUUUCCACUAUUGACGAAGCAAAACGCCACCACGUGACCGGAAACUCGAUGGAGGAAGGCGAAGGGACCCUAGAGCUUGGUGUGUCCAUUUCGGAUACACCAACAAAUCCAUCGGCACCGCGUUCCUCUGUUGUGGUCUGUCCAGCGGACGUGGAGACGUCGUGUUUUGAGGCGUUGGUGGGCACUCUACCUGAGAUUUCUGACUUCAUUCGGUUUGAUCGAAAAUCACUCGACGCAACUACUGCACAAAAGACAAAUCCCUUCAAUAAUGAUUCAUUUGGGGGCGCCCAUUCUCAAGGCAGUCUGAACGAAGACGCUUGGCUUUGGGAGGCACCUGAGGACGUGGACGUAGCCGUUGCCAUCCGUGACUUCGCCAAAGCCGUCUCGCUCAUUUCCAAGGCCAGAAGGCGUCUGGCGCAGCUUCUGAGUGCGCCAAAGACCCCCGCCUCCUCGGCCGAUCGUCAGCAGCAGGUGUCCGCAGCCGUCGUUGGCUUGACCAAACUCAAUGAAAGAGUGGAACAAAGGGCCACCAAUUUAUCGAGGGUGCUGGAAGAGGAGCUCACUAGAGCUGCGGACAGACAUAGCGCAAGUCAGUCCGUUCGUGCGGCUGCUAUCCACCUAUCAGAACUCGGCAAAACGGUGCUAGCCCUUCACUUAUUCCUCACAUAUCGAUCCGGGGUCAUUGGUGGGACCUUGGUUCGUGGCGUUCGACAAGAAGGCAACCAGUUAGUCUACCUGAAUCGACUCAGUUUGGCCUUUCAUCGCGGACUGGUGGAGUCUGUCUCCGAGUGGAAUCAACUGAUUGACGACCUGAAGCAGCGGCCGGAGUUCGCUGGCCUCGAAGACGUUGUUACUUCAAAACUGUGCAGUUGGGUGUUGGAAGAAACAGUGGAGUUCUGCAGUCAGUUGAAGGUUCUCCUGAUCGACAGCCGGUCCAUAACAUUCUAUGCAAUGGCGUGUGCCAGCGAACGGAUACAUGCCCAUGCCAAGAGGGUAACUGAAUUAAUCGGAAUUGAUAUCAGAUCAGCGUUCGACAACUGCCUGGUUAAAUCCUGGCAGCGAGCAGUUGAAGAGCAGGGUCGCGUUUACAGAGACGCCGUGGAGCACAGAGCUUCUAAGGAAAAGUGGCAAGCAGUCUCCUCGCAGACUAAUGAGAUGAACGUUAAGACUAUGGUGGAGGUGGGAUUUCCUGAAGCCAAGCAAGGUCUUAAUGGAGGCAAAGGCUUGACCUCUUUCACCACUCAGAGUGCUCGCUUGCUGUCGCAUUUUGCUCAUGCCUGCGCCCGACUCGACUGCCCAGAACUGCGGGAAUGCAUUGUCACCUCACUGGUCAACAUGCUACGCUGUGACCUUGAUGUCUACAAUCGCGUCUUGACUGCCUCUGAAACCAAUGAUCGGGACGAGACAAGCUCAAGCAAGUUAAUACUGGCUAAUCUACAAUUCUUUGUGUACAAAGUAAUUCCAAAAAUCUCUGCAAAGAUGAACUGCGCGGACCAUUUGGCUGUGAUGGCUGUGACGAAGGACUUCAAGAAACUCCUUCGGGAAAGCCAACAUUGA